AUGUCGGAUUUCAUUCAACUCAUCCACGCCCGCGACUUCGAUCCGAUACUACCAAACCCUUACGGACCUCCAUACCAACCCCAAGUCGCGAUCCUCGGCCUCAUCCCCGACGUCCGCGUCGACGUGCCCAUCUGCAUCAUCCUCAUCAUCUUCUUUUUCGCUGGCGCCGCCCUCAACCUCUACAUCUUCCUCCGCAACAACGGCAACGGUCACAAGUUCCUCGCCUCCGCCGUCCUCGUCGGCUUCUGCACAACGCGCAUCAUCGCCCUCUCCCUCCGCAUCGCCUGGGCCACCCAGCCCUGGAACGUCAGCCUCGACAUCGCCGCCACCAUCUUCGCCGCCGCCGGCGUCGUCCUCCUCUUCGCCCUCAACCUCGUCCUCUCCCACCGCCUCGUCCGCGCCCUCCACCCCAACAUCGGCUGGAACCCCAUCGUCGGCUACACCUUCCUCUUCCUCCACUUCUGGAUCUUCGUCUGCCUCGUCUGCGCCGUCGUCGCCACCACCGUCUCCUUCUACACCCUCGACCUCCGCUACCUCCAGCGCUGCCACACCGUCCAGCUCUUCUCCUCCACCUCCCUCGCCAUCCUCGCCUUCCUCCCCGUCCUCAUCGUCACCGGCGCCCUCUUCUACCCGGGCCUCCGCCGCCCCGAGCCCUUCGGCUACGGCAGCAUCACCACAAAGGCCCUCAUCGUCAUCGUCACCGCCCUCCUCCUGACCGUCGGCGCCGCCUACCGCUGCGCCGUCAACUUCGCCGUCCGCCCCGCCUGGGCCCCCGGCUGGUGGCACCACAAGGCCUGCUACUACGUCUUCAACUACGACCUCGAGCUCAUCGUCGUCUUCACCUACGCCCUCCUGCGCUUCGACAUGCGCUUCCACGUCCCCGACGGCGCCUGCAAGGCCGGCGACUACAUCAAGGGCCAGUACAAGUACAAGCGCGUCAGCAACCUCGCCGUCACUACCCGCUACCGCCUCUGCGACUACUGCGAACGCCGCGGCCACCGCCGCUGCCGAUGCCGCCGCGGCGGCAAACGCACCGAAAAAACCACCACCCGGAGGCUCGAAGUCGACGUCGAGGAGGCCUCGUCCUACCGCGCCUCCCGGAGCGAGCGUUCCGGCGUCAUCCACGGCCUGAGCGAGGUCGGCGACGGCAGGAGCUCCUACCUGAGCGCGUACUUCCGGAGCUCGUACGGGAGCAGCGUGAGCGGGAGCACGUCCUACUACGGGAGCGGCUCGUACGGGAGCGGGUCGUACACGGCGACCAACACGAGGAGUUCCGAGAGCGAGGAGAUCGUGGCGGAGAGGCUGCGCGAAUGGGAUAGGAAGUCGAGGUCGAGUCGGCGGAGCAGGGGAGAGAGAGAACGGCACCACCACCACCAUCAUCACCACGGCCACCACCACGGCCAUCACCAUGACCAUAAUGCGCGACGGCACAGUCGAAAGACUCGUCGACGGUUGGAAAUCAGAGAAAUCCGGGAUUGA